AUGGCUGGUGAGGGAGAGAUGAGUACAUUGAGUGAGUUGAUACUGCAAGGGGCGGCGCUGGCAGCAGUGAAAGAGGAGGUGAAUGAGUUGUGGCUCACGUUGACUGCAGUGCGUGGGGAGCUGACAGCGGUUAAGGGGAAGUUGGAAGCAGCUGAAUGCGAGCUGGCAGUGGUUAAGGGGGAGCUGGCAGAGAAGUUGGCUGAGGGUAGUAAGGCACUGGAUGCACAAGGGCUGAGAGGGGAGAGUCGGAAGAGGAAGCAAGAAACCACAGCGGAUUCUGCACCGGAGGAGGAGAGGGCGAGGGAGGUGCAGGAGUUGAACGAGCCGCGUAACAUGGAGGCAUCUGCGGCCUGUGAGGAAGGGCAGAUGACACAAGAUUUGAAGCUGGAUGUUGCGCUGCAAAUCAGGCAGAGUAAAGGCCAUCGGAAGUUAGCAUGGCAGCAUCACAACGGCCCACUUUAA